AUGGGAUCAUUCGCUGCGACCGUUUUGGGAUCCAUCUUUUUAUUUUGGUCCAUCUUUUCACCGCAACUGCAAGCGUACCAACGGAAUUGGGAGCUUCGAGGAGGAAGAGAUUUGGUAGAUCCGUGGAUCGCAAACAUUGACACUGAAAGCGCAUUUGAUAAUGACGAUGAUGACGACGAAAGCAGCCGCCUGGGGCUUUUUGGUGCACUCUUCUUGGGCAGAAUAGGGGAUGUCUGUGUCGUCGAAGAAGCAUCCUCACCCAGUGAAGACGAGUUCGACUUGGAAGAUUUUGCAGAUUACGCAAUGGAAGCAGAUGAGCUAGAACAAUGGGCUGGGAGACCAUAUCUACUACGAUUCAAAGCAGAGGAUUCUGGUGGACGAACAUUGCAAGUUCAUGCCCGAAUGAGCGAGGAGUAUACCGACAUCGUUCCAGGGCAACCUGUGUUGGGUGUUAUGUUAAGCACAUCUCCCAAGUUCACCAGUCUUGCAGCUCUCACUGAUCUCUUUGUCCCCGACCUGGCAUGCUGGAUUGGAGACUAUCCUUAUCUUAACAGAGCUGAAACAGAACAGCUUCUGGCAACUGACGACGAAAUAUGGGAACUGCUCCAAGCAGAGUCAACAAUCAAACAAUGGUAG